AAUAAGACAUUUAUAUAUACUUUUUCACAUAGAAGGCAACAGAAAUUAGCCGUAUCGCGAAAGAAAGCGACGGCUUUGCUUGCCAACAAAAGCAACUACUCAUGUCGGUGCUACGACACAGCAUGAACAUAGUAUGAUCGUCCUAUAAAAAUGAAGAAAGUGUCAAUGAAGUCUAAGCACAAGAAUAAUGCCAAUGUUGGCACAUAUUCUACACAUAUACCCAGCUUUUGCUGGAUUCUAGCUAUGCUAAUGACCAUCUCUGGUAUCGUCAUACAUUCUACCAUUAUAUAUACUCCACACUGGCGCAUAUCUAAACCUAUCGCCUACAGUUAUAUGCAUCUCGGUACUAGAAGGCAACAUGUUGUCGGCGAGACUAGAUACGGCCUUCAAUUCAUCAAUUUUAACAAUGGAGGUUUUAUACAAACGUGGUCCGAAAAGGUAGAAAGUGUGAAGAAAAAGGGCUAUACCGCUAUACAACAUAACGAAAUGGUCGGUAAAGGAACUUAUCGCAGCUUCCAGGGAAGCUACUGCCCCGCUGCCUGUAGAAAUGCUAUCAUCGUACGCAUGGAAGGAUAUGAAAAGAUGUUGAAAAUCAAUAAUCUGCUGAGUCUAAUCCUAAUUCUCGUUUGUGUACUAGCUGCUCUGGGAGUUGGAUGGUACAUCCUUUUCGAUGCUGACAUGACGGUGUCAGGCGGAUUAUGGGUAGUCGCCGCUGUAAUUGGUGGUUGUUCUACUUAUUCAUGGAAUUUUUACACUAAUGCGCUGUGGAAAACUAUAUGCAGUCAACAACAGAUACCAUUUCCAGCGGUAGGACCAAAUAUGAAGCUUAGCUAUGUAGCAUCCGCGCUAUUUGUAGGUGGAUGUUUGGUACUAAUACUAAGCGCACUAUUUUUCCACUGGAGACAUACAAGAAGCAUCCAAAAAAUGUUGCAAGCACAUCUGCAAAACAAGCAGAAUGAUAUGGACCCUUUCAGAGAUCCCAUGGCAUACAACCCAAUGAAGCCUUCAGCACCUAUGGAACCUGGAACUGCCCCUGCACAACAAACACUAAACCCGGGACAGCUAUUUUCAGGUAUAGGUUUCAACCAAAACCAACAGCAAGGAUACCAGUACCCCCAGGGAGGGGCUGGAGUCGGCCCAUCAAUGUGGAACACUAACGUCCAAUACUGAGGAUAGUGUCCUAAACAAUGA